AUGAACAAUAGGAAGAAAUACGAAUGAAGUGACUGUAAGAUGCUCUUCGAUUAUCAGCUAAAUCUUGACAUCCAUCAAGAAAAAUUCUGUAAAGGAUCUCUCAGCCAAGCUAAAAAAGGUUUUCUUAAUGGCCAGAUAGUUCCAAGCUUGAGAGAUGAGCUGAAGAUAGGUCAAGACCUGAAGCUUGAGAAUAAUCCAGCAAAUCAGCUCAAGGAUCUUAGUCAGAAAAAGAUGUUGUCGAAUAUUGAAAAUCGAGAAAGACUUCAUAAUGUAUGGGAAAAUAUGAGAGCAAAUCAAGAUCUUAGAGCUAAAAAUAAUAUUGUUGCCAGAGAUAUAGAACAAGAACUCAGAGAUCUCAGGAAGAUUAAAGGUAAACUAGAACUACAAGAUCGAGAAAAGGAACUCAAGGAGGUUCAAGAAAAACAACACUCAAUCAAGGAAGCUAUUAGGAUGUAUACAGAAUCUGAAACUCAAGAAGCCCCUUCUCAGCCAUCAGAAGCGAAGAUCGUCAAUAGGCUUCAAAAAUCUUCCUUUUUAAACUUACAAAAUGAGUCAAGGUCUCCUUAUAAAAAUGCAAGGAGCUCAUCGGUUGAACCGAGGCCAACUCAGCCAUUUUCCUUCACAAUUCCAAAGACUCCUCCUAAUUUUAAAGAGUUAGUAAAUGGGAACACUCAAAGUACCUUCCUCGAAGCAAGUCUUAAUGAAACACGUGAGCGUAUUAGCAAACUUGUGAAAGACAAAGCAGAGACUAUGAACCAGUUAAAGACAAAUGAAGACGAUGAUGAGCCGAUGAAGAUCAUUGGAGAGCAACCUAAUACUCAGUUCUACAAUAAGGUCGAAAAAUACGUCUCAGAAAUACAGAAUUAACCCCAACCUAUCAUCUAAACAAAAACUCCAAAACCUUGACUUUGUCAGACAAAAAUUAUCCAAAGGCUUCAACGACGACAAAUAAACCCAAACCUUCCAUCCAAAUCGGCCACUUAAACCUAACCAAAGACCCUAUAAAAUAACCUAAACCUCAAACCUACCCUCUCCUCCCUCAAAACCCACCACAACCCCUCCCAGCACCGCCUAAAAAUCGAAAACAUCCUCCACUCCACAAAAUGGACCCCAUCCCCAUACAAAUCCCACCCCCCAAAACCCCAAAAUCCCCAAAAACCUUCCUUCCUUCUCUCCAAAAGUCGUAACCCUGAUUCCCAAAACCAGUAUCUUACAUAUUCUCCAACAAAAGAUCCCUACCGGCCUUCAAAAUCCCCUAACCUUACCUGGACACCUCAGCUUAAUAACAGUAAAGGCGAGUACGCAGACUUGAGGCCCUCUAAACCCUCCUUACCAGAGAUCCGAAAGGGUUCUCCUCCAAGCCUUAAGCACACCAACACCCUGUCCCCAUACGUUGAUGAGCCUCAGAGACCCCAAGAUUCCUCUACUCCAGAGCAAGAAGAUCUGAAAUACAAGAAAAGGUUGCAAAAAUACAUCAAAAAUCAAAGCAAGCAAGAAGAGUAUUCCCAUGAAUUGCAAAGAUUCAAAGAAAUCAAUAGGGAUUACUACAAGGAAAAAUAUGAGAAGGAGAAAGCCCGCAUGGAAAAGAAGUGGGCAGAGAAGAUCAAAGUCGAUUCAUUGAAAGCUCAGUUUAAUUUUCAGUAUUCCAACCCACCUCAGAUUUAUCAGAUGCCUUAUCAGUACUAUCCGAUGAAUCCUGCAGGGUAUGGGGAGCCAUAUCCUCCACCUCAGAAGCCGAAGAAGGUGCGUCCUUAUGAGCAGAAUUCAAGUUUUUCAGAGAAUCUGAGUGAGAGCUAUACCUCGCUAAGGCCAAACUACAAUAACAAGGUUGUGAAUGAAGAGCAAAAGGACCCAAAGCUUGAGUAUAAUAAAGCAUAUGAUCCUAAAUACAAGAUGGAAGGAAUAAUGCUGUAUCUGCAUUAUUUCAGAAAUUUCCCGACUAAUAUUUCGAGCCAAAUUUAUAUAAGAGCUAAGGCAUGCCUCGGCUCCGAAGUGAUCAAAGACAAAAAGGAGCGUGAAAUGGUUUGGAGCACUAACCUCAUCAGCGUAGCUGAUUUCCUGACACAUGACGAGAAGGGCCAUCGAAUGAUGAAAGAGAUGAAAGCAGAGAAAGAAAUAAAGUUACCCUUCACCAUUCUUCCUAUUAUGGACAGCAUUAGCUGGUGGAAAGAUUUUUACACGCUAGUGUGGCAGCAUGAAAAUACAAAGAGAAUUUUCAUUAUGUUUGAGAUAUGUGGAAAAUCCAGUCCAACACCACUUGCUUAUGCGAGGUACCAACUCAGUCGAGAAGACGGCACAAUAAGAUUAGGGAAAGAAGAGCUUAACUUGUACAAAUACCCUUUCACGAAAGAAAAGCCUAAGAAGGGAAAGAUCAAUACCCAUCUAGUCUUGAUUAUUCAUCAUCCAGAAAAAGAAAAAGAUAAUGCUUCAGAAUCAAAUCAAUUCACUGUGAUGGAGGCUCCUCAGAAGAAAUAUAGAAAGAAAGAUUCAAUAGUAAUCAGCGAGAUAUCAAAAAGGCUUCAAAAGAGCCCAAGAGAAUCCCUAAGUGAACCCAACAGCAACGAUUACGAAGAAGUCAAGGAAGAAGUUCAAGAGGAAAGUGACUCUGAGUCCUCAAGUUAUGCCCUCUCAGGAGAUAAUGGAGAAGAGCCUUUCAUAGAAAACCAAGAGCGAGAUGUAACAUUGGAAGACUUCAAGCCAGGAACUCUCAUUGUGCUCUAUAUUGAUAGUGCAAGGUUUUUAAAUGAAGAUGCUACCAUUACAAGGAUAUCUUUUAGAGGCAUUGAUGAAAGAGGAGGACUUGUCAUACCACCUGAGCAAGGAAUUUGUGAUUUAACCACUUCAAAUUGCCAGGCUCCGUUUUAUGAUUUCAGACGAGAAAUAUUCAAGAAAUCAAGUGCCUUACCCAAAACAACCAUCAUCUGAAUGCAAAUAGACACUCUCACAAAACACAGUCUUAAGAAGAAGACUGUCGCUUUUGGAUACUUCCCCUUAUUCUCUGAAAGAAGCACCUUGCGACCACCUAAAAAGUUUACAAAAUCCCUCUACUUCGCUAACUACGGAAAGUUCCAGCUUCCACUUUUCUGAGAGAUUCCAGAUUUAAGCGGUGAAGUGACUUAUGACAAAUUGAUAAGUUCAUUAAGAGUCCCGUGAGGUUCUAUUCAGCUUAGGCUAGAGAAAGGUGUCAAAGACAAGGAUGGCACAUACAUCUUCUCAGCAAACCUACCCACUGACGAAGCGAUUGAGAAAGGGGUUAUCACACCAGCUCCUCCGUAUUCUGAAGGCGAAUAUUCCACUCAUUAUUACCCCAAACAUUCUAUUGAGGACAAGAUUUUCAAGCAUAAGAACGUUAGGAAAUACCCUGAGAUCGAAACCAUAAUGAUCUACGUUAGAGACGAACUCAUUAAGAAUAAAUAAAUUAGCCAAACAACUCAGAAAAAUGAGCAAAUAAAAAGAAGUUCCUUGAGCUGUCAGAUGAAGAGAUCAUUACAAAUCUCUUCGAGUUAAGGAAAAAUGACACAAUCGAGCUUCUCAAGAUGGAUUUCUUUUCACAAUAUAUCUCCCAAGUUGGCUUCAGAUUUGGCUUAGAUAUGCUAUUUAAUUGCCCAAAGGACCAACUCUAUAUUGCGUUUGUGAGUAUUAAUCCUCCUGGGAGUUAUUACACUGAUAGGCGAAGUUUGGAUAAACUUGUUGUGAUAAAGGAUCUUGAUUUUGAUAGCACAAUAAAAACUCCGAAAUUUAAAGAAUCAAUGUAUAUUUUCUCCAAUGUCCCUGUGGACUUCAGCACACAUCUCGUGAUUGACAUAAAAGCAGUGAAGUUCACCUCAAAAGGGAAAAUGCAAGUCCAUGACUUUGCAUGGACUGUAUUUCCACUGUUCGCUGUUUUCGAGCAUAAUAAUGACAAAAAGACAGAUAUAUUCAUCAGGUCUGGCCGCCAUAUGCUCCAGCUUUUCACUGGAGGUGCUCGUAAUGAUGUUAUUAAAAGUCUUCAAGGCAAGCUCUCUCAUUCAAUUUUUAGACGAUGUCCCAGACACUUGGGAAUACUUACUACAAGAAAAAGAGAAGAAAGUCACAAGCGUAAGUUUCCACGGAAACUGAGCUGUUCUGUUAAGAUGUGUAGACAACCAAAGGUUCGACUAUGAUGCUCUUGAAGAUAAAAAAAUCGAUCAUUUCUACUGUGAACACAAAUAUAAGCCUGUUCGCAAAGGGGCUAAGCUAUCCAGCUUACUUCCUAAAGGCAAAUCUCCUAAAGAUUUUGAUGUAGAAGUUUCAAAAAUACUAGAGGAGAAAUACGGA